AUGCUGACUAAUAAUUAUACAGUGGGAUUCGACCCGCAUGUCCCGGUCCUAGUACCAGAUGGUACAAUACAGCAGAAUAUGCCCCAACAGCAGCAGCAGCAGCAGCAGCAGCAACAACAACAACCGGUUCCUUUUCCCGAGAUUUCUGGUGCAGAAGCUGCGUCCACCAGCACGACAAAUUUCAACAUAAACCAUAAUCAACAUCCUCAACAGUUGCAACACCAGCAGUUUCAACAAGCCCAAUCACAAGCUCUUAAUGCUAGGUACCAACAACAACGUCAACACGCCCAACAGCAGGUUCAGCAAUUACAACAGAAACAAGCACAAGCACAAGCACAAGCACAAGCACAAGCACAGGCACAGGCACAGGCACAGGCUCAGUCUCUACAUCAUCAUCACACUAGCUCGCAGAGUUUGUCAUCUCAAGAUUUACAGGAUGUUGCCAUGGACACCAAACCAUCUCAACCGCAACAACAAAGCAAGAAAUACACGUCAGAGCAUAGACCGCCGCUACAAACACAGCAACAAAAGAGUUUCAACCAUCACUUGCUCAACUUUCCUGCUCAUAAUCCAUUUGAUUUCAAUUCAUACCCAAUUACAAAUCCACCUAUAUUUGAUUCCACUUUGAUGUUGCCAUACUCGAUAGAUGGUGUACCUAGAAGAAGAAGAAUUUCAAUUUCAAAUGGUCAAAUUGGUCAGAUUAUGAAUCAUGAAGCAUUCUUUGAUAACGAUGAGUUUAGUUCCUUGGAUGAUGAUUUCACUCAACGAUUCAAUGAGUAUGAGUUGAAUAGGCCAGCAACGCCUACUCAACAGCAGCAGGCGCAGCAACAGGAAGUACCUCCUUCGCAAGUCGAUGCCCACCAACAACAGCAACAGCAACAGCAGCAGCAACAGUCCCAAGCUGGAUUUAUCGGUGACAACACACAUCAAGGUUUUGCUAGUAUUACUCCUGCAAGUGAUAAUGAGUCUUCCGUGAGUACCAUACCUGCUACCUCUGUUCAAAAUAUGUCAUCGGCAAGCUCUGCCCCAUUGUCUGCACAACCAGAGGUGAGUGUACAGCAGCAACAACAGCUUCACAAUCAACUUCAUCACCAGCUAGUGCAACAACACCAGCAGCCCCAUAACCCAAUACACCCACAUGGGCAAGUACAAGCACAACAUGUACAGGUUCCACGAGUACCACCCCAUCCGGUACAAUCAGCACCACGAAUUCCCACACAAGCUGCUCCUCCACAACAAGAACAAGAAUCGGUGCCACCUCGCUCAAACUCCCCUCCAGUAGCUGGGGUGCCCCCACCCAACCACUCCUUAAUCUACAACAAUGAAGUCAUUUACAAUCCAAACAAUGGGCCCAUAAUGGGCACAGCGGCAUGGAAGAAGGAGCGAUUGUUGGAACGUAAUCGAAUUGCGGCUUCCAAGUGUCGACAACGGAAAAAACAGGCGCAAUUAGCGUUGGAGGAGAAUGUUACCCGGAUGGAACAGGAUUUGAAACGGAAACAGGAGCAAUUGGAGAAUUUGCAACUGGUUUUGAGUCAUUACAAGAUGAAUAUCACGACAUAUUUGGAGAGUGAGGAAAAGGAUGAAAAGUUGUUGAAGGAUUUGAUUGAGUUUAUAUAG